CUCUUAUGAUCUUCCUUGGUCAUUUAAGUAAUUUCCUCACCCCCUCCCUCUCACUUCAAGUGCCGUCAUUGACUGAGGCAAAAAAACAUGGUUUUAAUACAAAAAAGAACCAAAUACAGGCGGGUGUAACAAAUAUUUAUUAUAUCACUCACUAUUUUUUUUUACACUUCGUCUCCUCUCUCUCUCUUUCUCUCUCAUCUUGUUUAUUCUUAAUCUCAUUCCAAGAUGAUUGACUCACCUAUUGCAAACGACUCUAUUACCAAUAAGCCAGCUUCACAAAAUGCUUCUAUAUAUCAUACGUGUCGUUCAGUAUUAAACGCUCUUCAGUUUGUUCCAGGCUUUGAAGAAUUCAUGGACAAUGCUUCUAUAGUGGGCACUGAUCCUUUAACCAAGCUAUGGCAUAUUUGUAGACAAGGAACUAGUCUUUGCUAUCUAUUUAACGCAUUGGGACCAGAAAAACCAAUUACGGUCAAUACUGCCUCCGCUCCAAAUAAACCAAAGGUCUUUAUUUAUCAUUUCAUUAUUGGCUGUCGAGAUCAAUUGCAUUUUCCAGAAGACACCUUAUUCACAGUAACAGACUUGAUCCAGAAUGAUACCAAUGGGUUUGUGAAGGUUGUAAAUACAGUCAAGCGCAUCUUGGACAUGUUAGAAGAACAAGGCAUCAUUGAAGUCAUUUCAGUUCAAUCAGGCCUUACUUCUGACUCACCCAAAGGCAUGAGAGACAAUGUUGUGUUUGAAUUAUUGUCGACUGAAAGAAAAUAUGUCCAAGAUCUUGAAGCCCUUCAGAAUUACAUGAGAGAAGUAUCAGCACAAGAAAUUCUUUCUCAAGACACAAUGCAUUAUCUCUUUGGUAAUCUGAAUGCAUUAGUAGACUUCCAACGUCGUUUCUUGAUCCAAAUUGAAGAACAAGCUGCCAAUUCCUCACAAGAACAGCGCUUUGGCCUACUUUUUAUUCAGUUUGAAGAAGCUUUCUCAGUCUAUGAGCCCUUUUGUGCCAAUUUCCAGAUCGCACAAGACCUUGUAGUACAAGAAUCUGCCAAACUUCAAAAGUUAUCAAACAUCAUGUCUCCUACUUAUGAAUUACCGGCCAUGUUGAUCAAACCCAUUCAGCGUGUCUGUAAAUACCCUCUCUUGAUUCAACAAUUGGUCAAGGCAACACCUGAAGAUUGGCCCUACGCUGAAGAAAACAAAAUUGGUCUUGAAGCCAUUCAACGUGUCACCAAGAACGUCAAUGAAACCAAGCGUGUUCAGGAAAACUUGGGUGUUGUUCAGGACCUCAAGAAGCGUAUUGUGGAUGACAAUUCAGCGAAUCCAGUCAUUAUUGUCGAGUCAGCAGGAUCCUUGUUGUUGCACGACAAGUUUACACUUCAAAGACAUGAUACAGAUCAUACCCGAGAAAUGACUGUCUUCUUGUUUGAGAAAAUGAUUCUAGUAUGUAAAGAAAUCAAGGAUGUCAACAAGAAUGCCAUGUUGAUCAAGAAGAAAAGAAAAGAAGGUUCUCUAGUGGUUCGAGGCAAAAUUUUGCUUUCUCGCGUAGAGCAUGUCAAGGGCUCUUCUAGCCAGAAUGGUCAUUAUACAUUGCACAUCUCUUGGGUAGAAGGUGAACAACAGACCAUCUUAUUACGAUGCCGUAAUGAUGAGCAGUUAAGACAAUGGCUUGAUGUAAUCAUUAACCUAAAGGAAUCAACGACCAAAGUGGAUUUGAUCUCAGCACCACAGACACCUCGUAUGGAGAACAGUAAUCCUUUGCUUCAUUAUGAUGAUGAUGAAGAUUACGAUACUGAGAUCAACAGCGAAGAUGAAGAUUCACCUACAUUUAUUCGAAACAGAUCUUAUAGUUACCAACACCAUCGUUUCCCUACAGAAGUCUCAAGUCGAAAAGCAUCCCUCACGACAUCCAACAGUGCUAGCAUCCGCCACUUUAUGAAUGGUGUGCCUGGUAUGAACUUACCCCCUUUGCCGAAAUCGCCCACACAUUUAGUCCACAGUAUUGAAUAUGGUCACCAUGGUCUCCUGCCUAACUCGCCGCCUAUCAGUGAUCCUUCUUCACCUACUGCUUUAGGUCAAGCUAACAAGAAUCAUGCCAAAAUGUAUAACAACAUCUCUCCUUCAGGAUCAUUAUGGCAAAGAAGACAGCAACAGACCUUACAAGAGACAGAAGAAGAAUCUGAAGAUAUUCCUCCUUCUCAUCCAUCUUCUAUUCACCAUACUCGUCAACGAUCUCAGAGCAGUCCCAAUAUCCAACACCUAUUAGAUCAUCAUCAAGGUCUGGUACCCGAAUUACCCAAUACUGGCAAUCCUUAUAAACGUAUAAGCAAUGGCUAUUAUGAUCAAAUACUUGAAUCUUCUGCACCUCAAUUUUCAUCUCAUGGAACUGAUAUUACCAAGGUUAAGAUUCAUUACUUUGGUGCUAUUUAUGCUGUGGUUGUGCCUACUGAGAUUGCGUUUGAAGAGUUGCUAUAUCGAAUUGAAAGCAAGAUCAAGGCCAAUGGCCAUGAAUUCGAUACUAGUCUGGGUUUAAAAUAUGAAGAUGAAGAUGGUGAUUUAAUUACCAUUAGUUCGAAUGAAGACGUUCAAAUGGGGUUUGAAACCAAAGGAGAUAACAAUGCUGUGAAUCUUUAUGUCACAUGCUAAGUAUUUCUCCGGUCUUGUUUUUUGUAAAUAGUUUUUUUUAUACAUAUAGAUUUUAAUACGUCAAUGAGCGAAUUUUUUUUUAAGAAAUAAAAGAGGUUUUUUUAUUCAGCUUA